AUGGGUUGGAUUGGUGGAGUAAUAUUUGUAAUGUGGUGGGAGGAUGUUCGUCGGUUAAUGGUUGAUCGAGAGGUGGCUGGAGUGUUCUACCAACACUGGAAAGGUAAUGGGGUGGCACAUUGUCUAUUAGCCCAGCAUGGGUUGAGAGUGAGAUCUCGACUUUUUUGGAAAGACCGUGCUCCUCCAUGGUUGAGCAUUCUUUUCGAUAAAGAUAUAGCUAUGGUGUAG